AUGCCCUUUGUGGGUUCUGUCAAUGGCGCCUUCCUUGGCGGCGGUCGCCUUGGCGCCAUACGAUGGAACGCACUCCGAACAACCGGGAGCUCGAGCGGCUACCCAGAUGUUUUCGUGCACUGGCGAGGAGCCUUCAACGAGAUCGGCUUGGCAGUCGAGGUGAAAGUACCCGGUGCUCGGCUGCAACCGCGCCAACAGGAGUGGCGCACACGGUUGGUUCGGGCGGGUGCUGUGUUUGUCGUCGUGCAUUCACUCGAUGAGUUUGUGCAAGCUCUCAACAGCUACCUAGGAGACACGCCAGCACCGGCAGCGGAGAGCGACAAUUCGGCAGACUCGAUGCAGAGGGCGGAUGAGGCACAAGACGAGGUUGCCGCCGAGGCCGAGGAGUUCGAAUACGGGGCGUGGGGCACUUGGGGAUACGAUUAUUCUUCGGCGCCGGCUGCUCCGGCACACUCUGCACCGGCUCAACCUGGAAGCUCACCUGAGACUGCGAUAUCUCUCUAG